AUGGCUCUUAUGGAAGAACGGAAAUCUAAUUCAUCUGAUGUUGAUACAGAGAACAGAUGCUACGACGCUUGUGCAUUCAUUUUGGUCGGACUCUAUUAUGGAUUUCUGACCACAUUCUCCAUAGGGCCCUCUUAUCUCUUCCUUCUUCGAGCUCGGGUUAUGGAAGAAGGAACCGAGAAGGAGGUAUCAGCAACAACUGGUUUUAUUACGGGACAGCUCAUGAUGUUCAUAUCGAUCUAUUAUGCGCCUCUGCAUCUAGCAUUGGGUAGACCUCAUACAAUAACUGUCCUAGUUCUACCCUAUCUUUUGUUUCAUUUCUUCUGGAACAAUCACUAAAACAAUCACUAAAAUUCAAUGCGUAAUCUCAGCAUUCAAUGUGUAUUCCUGAAUAAUCUCAUUUUUCAAUUAUUCAACCAUUUCAUUUUACCAAGUUCAACGUUAGCCAGAUUGUUUGAAGGCAAAAGUAGUGAUGAUGAUGAUGAUGAUGUUGCUUGCGCUGUUUUUGUUUUUACCAUCAUAUUAACAAUGAAAUGUAACGUCAAGAGUUAG